GGUCCUGUGGGAAAAAUAUUCUGAGGGAAAAAGGUCCAGGAAAGGAAAACUGAUCUACACUGCAGCUAUCCACUCCCCCUCGCCCUCCACCCCUUUCAGGCGAGUCAAGAGAGGUUUCUCAAUACACACACACACACAUACACACACAGGGACGCCCCCCGCUACCACCCCCGCCCUUCCGCAGUUAAAGGUGCACUAAACCCACCCACGUGUUUCAGCACCAGUAUACCUGAGCCAAGUGUGUCCCCGUGAGUCAGCGGGGAUUCCUCCCACGCACGCACCGCUACUGUAGUACCUCCGUGACACCAACAAAGCCACUCUCGCUACUGCACGAGUCACGGUAACAGCAAUAGGCGCUUUUAACACAGUACAACUCAAGGUACCAGCAACUAUCAACCCGUCACAGCACAAAUAACAGUAAUAGGCAUUUCUACCACAGCACAAGUCAAGGAUGAGAUUAGACUUCCUUUAUUAGCAGGGAACCUAACUACCUCAGCCCAUCUUGUGCUCACCUAACACACACACACACACACACACACACGCACACAUACACAUAGCACACAACUAAUGGAGAGAAAUAAAUUAAAUAAAAAAGUAUUAUUAAUCUGAAAAUACACAGCCCAGCAACUAAAAACACUUCACACCCACAAACAAACUCUCACAUACACAAGAUGGCUGGCUCAGGAAAGACAACCUCCCAGACUCCUUCAAGCACCCCCUCCGUCUUCUCCUUCUUCCGUUACAUGCACAAGCCAACAGAUGGCGGCUGCAGCUUGUGGACGUCCUGGAUGUACUGGCUGAAUGAGACGAGGUCACCACCACAACAAAAUAUCAACGAGCAACACCACACUAGCAAGAUGAAGCCUUCAGACCUGUCACCAAUGAACGACGACUUAUCCAGCCCGGAUAGUUCCUUAGGCCUAGAGAAUGAGGAGCCGUCACCCACCACGCGGACGAGGAGUUACUGCAGGAAGUGUGACAACUGCUCCUCAGGCACCACCCACGUCCAUGCCCAGACGCCGAGCGACGGUGAUUCUCCAACGGUGGAGGAAGAGCAUAAUAACAACAAUAACAAUAACAACAAUAACAACAACCUCAACAACAAUGUCACCGCGGAGGACGCCAUGAACGCCAACGAGACACUGGACCAUGAGGUGGAGGGCGGCACGCAGCCGACCCGCAGCACCAGUGGCGAGGGCAAUGUGGACCUCGGAGUGAAGGAGAGGAAGGACUGUACCCUCGUGUCCCCUGAGAGCGGCGUGGACUCCCCAUGUGACAUGGACAUGACGGAGGAGAUCAAGAUCCAGGAAGUGGCGAGCAAGAGGUCCAUCGCCGAGGUGCUGUCCCAGGUGGUCAAGAUGGAGCGCUCUUCCUCCUCCUCGGCCUCGGAGCCCACCAGGACCCCAGAGGCCCCGGACAUCGUGGCCUCCACCACCAAGGGACGGCCCAAGGUGGCGGCAGCAGCCAGGCGCAGGAGCGGCGAUAGUCACCGCAGCUCUGAUGUGGCCACGCUGGCUAUCCUGUGCCAACACUACGCCCAGUUGGUGCAGGCACUCAAGGAGGAGAAUUACCUGCUGUCCUGCGCCCAGAGUCCCCUGCUGGCCACGCCCAAGAAUGGUGUGCGGGGCCUCGCGGGGGACGCAGGGGGCAGAACCCAUCUGUCUGGGGGACCAGCAGGCAGAGGCAGGAGUCCCAAAGCGGUCUUCACGUGGGAUUCUGACAUGACGCAGGAGCCAGGCCGCGGGGACGAGAAGGAUCGCGCGAGGAGUCUCCCCUAUCAACACUCCCGCGCCAAGUCAGAUUCCGCGGCCGGUGGUUCCCUCAACAGCCAGCCGCGACUCAAGCUGCACAGAAGUUGUUCCAACUCCCGGGACUACAUCAACAAUAACAAGACACCAAGGCAGAGUCCCACUAGAGCACAGGACGACGAGUACAUCAAGUCCAGCGGGGACCUCCCACUCAAAGAGAGGCGCCACUGGGCACUCAAGCCGCUGCGAUCCUCAGCCUCCAAGCACAGGAAGGAACCCAAGUCACACCGCAAGAGCUCUUUUUCCUUCUUCAGGGACGCAGAAAACAACGAGAAUCUAAACACAGAGAGCGGCAGCGAGUCCCCAAAGGUGGCCCGCACGCCGGCCGCCGCCCCGCUGCCAAGCCCCACUGUGGGGGUUCUCUCCACCAAGAUCAGUGAGAUGGAACUCAAGAUUGAGGAGAUACUGACACUGGAGCCUGUAGACCUUAUGCUGCGGGAGAACAGUCUUGACGGCUCACCAGCUCGGCGGUCCGUGGGCAGUGGCGACACACUCCGAAGGUCUCAGAGAGGCAACUUCUACCGCCACUCCGUCAGGGAUAACCGCAGGGACCAGCAUCGCCAAGACACCUGCGACUCUGAGGAGGCGUGCGAGGAGGCGUGGCGGCGAGGCUGUAGCGCCGGGAUGUCUGCGGGUGGUGGCGGCGGGUGCGUGUACCAGGUCCUCUCCCAGGCCGCCCACGUGGAGGUGGACAAAUUACGGCAGCUCGUGCACCUGCUUAACACCAGGCUAACAGAGUUGAGUGGAAGAGUGUUGGAGGUGGAGGCGCGGCUGAGGGAGGAGCGGCAGAGGACGGCCAGCAUGGAGAGGUGUCUGGAGCGGCAGGGGCUUGAGACAGGGUGCAGGGGCAGCAGAAGGGGCAUUGAUAGCAGCGGCAGGAGACAAGCACCGUCCUUCAUGGCCUGGACGGAUGCCACGUCAGAAAACCUCCUCAGGAACAAAGUGGACAUGGCUCGAGAGGAGAUUGAGCUUCUGAGGCAACAUAUUGACCUCCUCCUACGCAUGCGUCAAGAGGACCUCAAGGUGUAUGAGUCAACGGUGGACAAGUUCAGGCACACCAUAGCUUCAGGUAGCCAGUGGUAGGCUGGCCUCCAUCUUCAUGCCCUACUGAAGUUUCCUGACUGUCAUAUUUAAUCAUGACUGAAUUGCUUCUACUACUGAUAUGACCUAGUUUUGGAGUCAAUGCAGGUGGAAGCAGGAUGACAGCAUGCAACACCCAGACACAUUCAUACUGUUCCUCCAUGAUAAGCAGGAAGGUGACAAUAUCACUGAGUGGCUCCUCACUGGUCAGUACAAUCUGAACACCUUUAGAGGACCACCUCUGCCCCCCAUGUCCCUCCUGUAUUACCCACAGAGGUGGCAUGCACUGCUGUGAAGUACAGCAUCAACAAAACAAAUGGACCACCUACAGUUGACCUGAACAGUGGUGAACCAAUGGCCAGCUGACCCAUAUCAUGAUGACCCAACACUUUCCAACUAGCGACACACAAUCAUGAGUUGCCUCACUCCUAGUGCCUGAGUUGAUCCAGAAUAUUACUAACCUUCCUCCAAACUGACCUGCUCACAGGCCAGAUGGGAAUGGCAGCUCCUUAUAACUCAGCUCACAGGAUCUGAUUGGGAAUUCUAGAAAAGAAAAUGGGUAUGAUCCAUUAUAACUAUUUUCUACAACUUUGUACUUAGUGUGUGUAAGAGUGGAUGAAUGUUUGUACAUAUCUUCUCCUCAGGGAAAGUAUAGUGGAGGAGUUGUGCUGUUAAGUAAUUAUAAUAUUUUUUUUCAAAGUUUAUGUUGCUUAGAGAUCCCAGUACAGCAAUGAAAACUUGCUUCCUCACUUUGUACUCGUUUCCGCUAAACAGUUUGUACUCCCUCAUCUGCAGGUUCUUGUGUUUGGUACUGUGUUGUCUUGAGCAUAUUACAACCUCAUGUAGAAUACAAAGACCAAAUUUAUACAAAAACCUGGAAAUCUUUAGUAAAAUUUGUACAGAAUGAUGCUUAUUUAGGAACACAAAACCAAUUUCAAUCAAAGAUAAUAAAAAGAAAUUUAAUA